AUGAAUGAGACCGCAAUUUCUUUCGCAAAGGAUUUCUUGGCUGGUGGAAUCUCCGCUGCCAUCUCCGAAACUGCGGUUGCUCCCAUCGAGAGAGUCAAGCUUCUCCUUCAGGUCCAACAUGCCAACAAGCGGAUUACAAAAGAAAUGCAGUACAAGGGUAUCGUCGAUUGCAUUACCCGCAUUCCCAAGGAAGAGGGCUUCCUUGCCUUCUGGAGAGGUAACCUGGCCAAUGUCAUCAGAGCCUUUCCCUCCCAGGCCCUCAACUUCGCCUUCAAAGACAAAUACAAGAGUGUCUUCCUUGACGGCGUAGACAAGCGCAAGCAGUUCUGGAGGUACUUCGCUGGCAACCUGGCCUCUGGUGGUGCUGCAGGAGCCACCUCCCUUUGCUUCGUCUACCCUCUUGAUUUCACCAGAACCCGUCUGGGAGCUGAUGUUGGAAAGGCCAGAAUGAGGGAGUACAAUGGUCUAGCAGACUGCUUGGUGAAGACAUUCAGGAGUGACGGUCUGAGGGGUCUGUACCAGGGCUUCACAGUGUCUAUACAAGGCAUCAUCAUCUACAGAGGUUCCUACUUCGGCAUGUAUGACACAGCUAAAGGUAUGUUGCCAGACCCAAAGAAUACUUCCAUCUUAGUGAGCUGGGCAAUCGCUCAGUCUGUAACUGCUGUGGCCGGCCUGACGGCCUACCCCUUCGACACAGUCCGUCGUCGUAUGAUGAUGCAGUCUGGCCAUAAAAGCGCUGAUAUCAUGUAUCUUGGGACCAUUGACUGCUGGAUGAAGAUUGCUCGUGAUGAGGGUGGAAAGGCCUUCUUCAAGGGAGGCUGGGCCAAUGUUCUCCGAGGCAUGGGUAGUGCCUUUGUGCUGGUCUUUUACGAUGAGCUCAAGAAAGUUCUCUAA